UAGGUAGAAAAGUUUAUAAAGAACCGGCUGCUCAAUAUGCGCACAAACCCAUUUUUCAACACAAAAUCGAUAGAAAAUCCGGUGGCAGAGAGAAAAGACGACCGCAAUAUAUUUUCUCUCGCUUCUUAUUAAAGAAACCGCAAGAACAAAGCAGCCGCCGUACUUCGUUUCUUUGUACCUGCCGGGGAUUUAAAGCCUAUGACGUAGCCUGAAGGCCUACUCAGUGUCGUCUCGUACGGGAAGUGAGUUAAUCGUGUUAUAAGGCAUUUAAAAUCUGUUGUGUGUUUUAUUUUUAAAGUAUAAUAGUGAAAUAGACUAUAGUUUUUUUAGUUAGACUUUCCGAUUUUUAUUGCAAAAGGUAAGUAAAAUUGGUUUAAAUUAUUCAAUUGUCUAAUAAUUUAAAAAAAGAAAUGAAAAUUAAUUACUGUUAAAAAUUAUAUUAUUUAAAGUAUACUUUGAUUUUAAGUGACAAAAUAAUAGGUAUUUAACUUGUAGGUAUAUAUGUACAGCCUAGAGUGUGCAUGUGUAUAUAUAUUUUUUACCUUUCUAAUUUUUUUUUAGAUGUCACCUAAGAAAGUAGGCAAACAAGAACAAAUAAUUCACAGCCAAGGGAGAGAGAUUAUUUCUAACGUGGCAGCUUUUAUGAAAAAAGAAGCAGAGCAAGGAAUUACUAUUCCUUUGAAAAAUGUUAGACAACGUACGUUAGCUGCCACUCGAGUAUCCCAGUCAACUUACAGAAGAGUGGUCCAAGAGUCAGAAGAUAUAGAAAAUAUACCUUCCUGUUCCUUUACCAGUCCAAGGAAAAAAAGGUUAAGAAAAUCUCAGAAGAUUGGUAACAUUACUUUGACCCAAAUUAAAGAUAUAAAACAAAUAGUGUACGAUUUCUACAUAGUUGAAAAAAGAAGACCUACUCUAAAAUGGUCAAAAAGCGGAGAGUAUCAUGAUGACAUGAACCAUCACAACUUCAUGACAUGGGCCGAAAAUCAGUUAAUUCCAAAUUUACUACCUAAUUCCGUCCUAGUAUUAGACGUAUUAAUGUGCCUGUAGUCAAGAAUGUUAUAUCUGGAAGUAAAAAGCAGGAAAUAGUUGACUGGCUCAAGGAACGUAAUUUUACAUUUGAUGCAAAACUCACCAAGACAGAGUUAUAUGAAAUAGUGUCUGAAAAUAAAAAAAAGUAUCCUGUAAAAACCAAGUUGGACUACCUAAUGGAAAAACAUGGACACAUUGUGUUACGUUUGCCUCCAUACCAUCCAGAGCUUAAUCCGAUAGAAAAAAUUUGGGCAACUGUUAAGAAUUGGGUGGCAAGCAGAAAUUCUACUUUUAAAUUGGCGGAUGUCGAAACUUUGACAAGGCAGAAAUUUGCGGAAAUUUCGAAUGAUGAGUGGAUAAAUAUUUGCAACCAUAUAGACAACAUAGAAAAACAAUAUUUCGAAAGUCAUCACCUUUUUGAUGAAGUAUUGGAUUCUUUAAAAUUUACAGUAAAUACAGGCUCAUCUGAUGAAGAGAUCGAAUGGUCUUCAUCGGAUGAAUCUGAUUUAGGUUGUAAUACACUAUCUGAUAGUGAAUAAAAAUAUAUAAUAUGUAAAAUAAUGAAAUAAAACUUUAAGCUUAUACCAAUUUGUUUCUUUACACAAGUCGUUUAAAAUACCUAAU